AUGUCCCGCCUCGCCGUGCUGACCGCCGCCCUCGCCAUUGUCAUCGCCCCCCAGGUCGCCCUGGCCGGAGGCUGGGAGCAACCCGCUCCGACCUACACCCAGCCAAUCUCCUAUCCCAGCUACAAGCCGGCGCCCACCGUGAUCGGCAAUCCCGGUUACCUGCCGAUCGCCGGGCCGCGGGCCUACUACUUCGGCAUGAGCCUCCAAAUCGCCAACACGGCUUAUGGCCGAGGCUUGCAAGUAGCCAGCGUCACACCGGGCAGCCCGGCGGCUCAGGCGGGCUUGGAAACCGGCGAUGUGCUGCUGCGGGCCGGCGGCGUCGAUUUGCAGAACGCUUACAGCAACGAGCACGGCGUCCAGCUCUUGCAAUCGGCCGUUGGCUUCGGCGGCGCCUCGCCGACGACGGCGCAGACAUUCGUCGCCCCACCGGCGCAGCUGGUGCAACUGACGGUGGUGAACGUCCGUAGCGGGCGGGUUGUCGCCGUCAGCGUUCGGCCGAUCUCGUCGGGGUCUCCCGCCCCGACCGUCGCGGCCCCGGUCGCCAGCAGCGUGACGGCCCCG